AUGUGGGAGCCUGAUCCAUUUACCAUGACCUACUCGGGCCCUUAUAACGUCACUAUGCAUUCAUUCCCUUCCACCACUGUUACACCAACCUUGCCAUUUGCAGUUCCACAUUUCACCCAAGCUAAGAGUUCGGCUCAGGAUCACACUAUAUAUCCUACAUAUGCCACUACCACUACAACCAACAUCUCUUCACACAGCAACCAAUUCCCAGUUAUCACACCACAUUUGUCAUUUCCACACAUGACUGGUCCGUACUCUCACAACUCAUCAAUCCCACUUGUGUUCCAGCAGCCUGGUCCCGUGCCUUAUAUUGACCCUACUUUGCCUACAAUGAAACAAAUGCGGCUGGAAUUCAGUACCUUCGGUGGGGGAGAUCCUGUUGAGUGGCUCAACAAGGCAGAACAAUAUUUUGAGUUUUAUCAGAUUCCCGAAGAAAGAAAACUCUCAAUAGCAACCAUGCAUUUGACGGAUAAGGCUUCCGACAGAUGGUAUAUGUUUCGGCAUGAAUUUCCCCACACCUGGCAAGGGCUAGCUGAUCUACUGAUGAGAGAAUUCAGUAGCUAUAACAGGUCGGAAUACCAAGCUGCAUUGGCUAGGAUGUCUCAAACGGGCAGUGUGGAGCACUACAAGGAACAAUUCACAAAGUUAUCUCGAAGAGCCCCGGGGUUUCCUCCUGAGGUGUUAUUAUCAUGCUUCAUUGGGGGAUUGAAGGAAGACAUCAGGGUUGAUGUACAAGCACAGAAACCUAGAACUCUCUAUGAGGCAUGUGAACUAGCUAGAGUUUAUGAAACUAGGAAUGAAAGUCACAGAAGCUAUGCAAGAAGUUCUAAUCAACCUAGGCCACUUCUUGGCACUCAUUCCACUUCUGCUCACAGGUUCACUCCUUCAAGUAAUAACCCCAAACUGCAAGGCUCUUCAAUGGCCAGAAAUGCUCAGCUAUCAAGUGGAAAUACACCUCACACUGGAAAUAGAAGGUUAUCUCAAGCUGAGUAUCAAGAACGGAGAGCAAAAAAUCAAUGUUUUUUUUGCGACGAGACAUUUAAGCCAGGUCAUAAUUGUAGAAAGGGACAACUAAUGGUGAUGGAAAUAUCACAGGAUGAAAGAGAUCUUUUGAGUUCAACAGAUUUGGUGGAGGAGGAGGUUCCACCAAUCACUGACCUUGAGGAGCCACUCAUCAGAUUGCAGGUCAUGAGUGAUAACAAGUCCAGUCCAGCCACUAUGCAACUAAAGGGCAAUUUUAACAAGAAAGUAGUUCAUGUGCUUAUUGAUUCAGGUGCUACUCAUAAUUUUAUUCAUCCACAGCUUCUCAGAGGCACCAAGGUACAGGUACACAACUUUUCUCCUUUACAUGUUGUUUUAGCUAGUGGUGCAAAAAUGAAGACUAGUGGGGAAGCUAAGAUUGAGCUCCAACUCCAGCAAUUCAGUUUCUCAGAUGAUUUUUACAUACUUCCUGUAACUGGCUAUGAAAUAGUUUUAGGAGCUAGUUGGUUGAGGCCCCUCGGUGACAUUCUGUGGAAUUUUGACACCAUGCGUAUGAAAUUUUGUGUGCACGGUUUUGAGUACCAAUUGCAGGGGGACACUACUGCCACAGCGACUGUUAUUGGUUGUAAAGCCAUGACCAGGCUGCUUAAAAAAGAAAAAGAGGCCAUGCUAGUCCAAGUGCAACCGGUUUUGGCGAAUGAAAAGUUAGAUACACCAAAUGCACGAAUUCAAGCCUUAAUCAACAAGUAUGAGGAGCUGUUCACAACGCCAACAACACUGCCACCAAGCAGGAAGCAAGAUCACAAGAUUGAGUUAUUCCCUAAUACACCACCAGUAAGUGUGAGACCUUAUCGGUAUCCUCAUUUUCAAAAGGCUGAAAUAGAAAAAAUUGUGCAAGAAUUAUUGGCUAAUGGGGUGAUUAGACCUAGUGUUAGCCCUUUCUCUUCUCCUGUACUUUUGGUUAAGAAGAAAGAUGGCACAUGGAGAAUGUGUGUGGACUACAGAUCCUUGAAUACAGCCACUGUCAAAGAUAAGUAUCCUAUUCUUGUGGUUGAUGAAUUAUUAGAUGAGGUGCAUGGUUCCACAAUUUUUACAAAGCUUGACUUACGAUCUGGUUAUCAUCAGAUUAGGAUGGAUACUGCUGAUAUAAAUAAGACUGCCUUCAGAACACAUAAUGGCCAUUAUGAAUUCUUAGUCAUGCCGUUUGGUCUAACAAAUGCUCCAUCUACAUUUUAG